AUGAACCAACUGUCGAUGAGGUCUCUUGGGGGCACAGUGACACCCGGCUCCGCACUUUCGGGUAUCCGCUACGCGAGCCACAUCACACGCGCAGCCCACACUACGUGCUGGAUGGAAUUGGCGGUCUUUACGCAGCUCCCGGUUGUCCCAUCGCUGUCCGGCACGCAGUUGCAGGGCCGCCAGGACUUGCUCGCCUCGACCACCGGCGCCGGCCCCCCCGAAGAAACCAGCUUGUGUCUUCAAAUCGAGCUCUUCGACGACGAGUGCCCGCAGCUCUGCGCAAACUUUCGCCGCCUCUGCAACGGGCAGUCGUCAACGCGACAGGGCCAAGUCUACUGCUAUCAGGGCCUCACCCCUAGCUACUGCGGCACGUACUUCCACAAGAUCAUACCCUCCUACUGCGCCCAGGGGGGUGACAUCACCAUGCGCGUGAAGCCCGGUGGCACGAACAGCUACAGCAGUGCUGGGCGCACUUGGUUGGUGGACGAGUUUAAGAAGCGACGCCAUAACGAAAUUGGUCUCGUGUCCAUGGCGAACAACGGCCCCAACUCGAAUGGGUCGCAGUUCUUCAUUACCACCUCGGCGGCGCACGAGCGCGCCUUCAACGGUCGCCACUGCUGCAUCGGCCGGGUCGUGCGCGGCCUCGACGCCUUCAUGGCUCUCGUUGCCCCGUUCGGCGAUGUCGAUGGGAACCCGUCUAAGUACGCCGUAGUAGUAGACUGUGGCGAAGGAGAGGCGCCGACGAGGAUAUCGGCAGCGUCGUCGUCUGCCGCUGCAGCAUCCCAAGCGUCGAUGGCGAUAUCAGCGACGGAGAUGGCGCUGGCAUCUCCCGCAGCCGACACGCGGUCCGCUACAGUCGGAGAAGCGCCUACAGAGAUAGCUGUAUCUCGACGUACUCACCCGCCUGAACCCCAACUGCAGCAUCACCAAGCCGUGGCGGCCUCCUCGAUGUCCCCCAUGCAGGCGCUGAAGAGCUCGUUGAAGAAAAGGUCGACUGCGACGUCGGAGGCAGCCGGGAGGCAUGCAAAGCAUGUAAUGUAUCAGCUGUGA